AUGUUGAAGAGAAAGAAGGGAGACCAAAGAACGUUUGCAGACUUAACCCGAACAGAAAAGAGGAAAAAAGUUGAAACCCGAACACAAGAGAAUAUCCACGAUGAAAUUAGAAAAUCUGCCAAACAAAAGAAGGAAGAAUUGAAAGAGGCUGAAAUUGCUUCCGUUCCUCGUUCCAUCAUUGUAGUGAGAGGAAAGUAUAAACCCGAACCAAUCCGGCAUUUGUGUGCAGAUUUGAGAAAAAUCAUGAUGCCAUACACUGCUAAAGAGUUGAAUGAGAGUGGUUCCACAAAAAUUGUGGAUUACGUUGAAUUUUCAAAACAAGCUCAUGUUACUCACUUAAUGACUCUGACUACGAGCAUUUCAAUGGCUGCCUUGAAUAUUUGUAGACUUCCAAAUGGUCCUACUUUGACUUUUGAAAUUCAAAAUUAUUGCACCAUGAAAAAUUUGAGAAGUUUCUUCCAUAAGGAGUUGAAUCAUCAAAUAUCGUGUGAUGAAGCAAGUUAUUUUAAAGAUCCAGCAAUUUGUAUUUUGAAUAACUUUACAAGUACUGAGAGUCAUGUUCAACUCAUGUCCUUAACAUUUCAAAAUAUGUUUCCACCUGUGGAUGUGAAAUCAUUCAAACUUUCUCAUGUUAAAAGAGUGGUAUUAUUUAACUAUGAUGAAGAAGAUGAGACCAUUGAAAUGAGACAUUAUGGCAUUAAGAAAAAUUCAGAUGUCAUUACUCCAUUCAGAGCGAAUACCUUAAAGAAGAAUGUCUCUAAGAAAUUAAAUGAAGUGAGAAAGAAACUCGAUCGAGCCAAAGAAGAGUUGCAAGCGCUCUAUAAAAAGAGAAAAGACAUGAAACAAAAACUAGGAAAGAAAGCCGAUGAGAAGUUGUUGGAUAAAGUCAACAAGGUAGAUGAUCUUUCUGAUCCCUAUGUGAGUCUCGAAGCUGAUAUUGCUUUACAGGAAAAGACUGUCUUGCAAUAUUCUGAAAAGGAAAAGCUCUACAAGAAGGAAUUGGAUGAAUUGACUCAGGUGAACCAAUUAUCGAAUCAAUCCUCUUCUAACUCGACAGCAGUAGUUUCCUCAAAUGUGCCCACUAUGAAUAAUUUCCAAGCAGAAUCUAUUGAGGUGGAUGACAUGUUUGAAGCCAAUAGUAGAACCAAAGUCAAGAUUCGUCUCGAAGAAGUCGGUCCAAGAUUGACUCUCAAGUUGCGCAAAGUUGUGGAAGGAGUUUUUGCAGGUGAGACCAUUUAUCACUCUGUUUUUGAAGACAAGCCAGAGCAUGUGAAGGAGGCAGAAAGACAGGAACGCGAGGAAAAGAAGAAGCUGAAAGAAGAACGAAGACGACAACAAGAAGAAAAUGUGCAAAGAAAGAAGAGAGAAAAAGAGGAAAAGGUUGAAAAGCAAAAGGAGGCCUUCUUGAAAAAAUUCCAAGAAUCUCUCGAACAAGAUCCAGACCUCUUGAACAAUAACGAAGGAGAAGUUGAUCAAGACGAUGGUGACAAUGACGAACUCGAUAUGGACGACAUCAUUACUGAAGGUCUUGAUGAUCAAGAGGAUGAAAACGACGAAGAAAAUGACGAGGAGAAUUUCCAAGAUGAAGAAUAA